GUUACUUUCAUAUAAACUGUAAUAUUUCGUAACCAAUAUCUGAUUAACCUUAACUGACUAUCAUAGAAUUUUUUCAAUAGGUGCUACUUCAGAAACGUAAAAUUAAAACAGUAACACUUUUCUUCUUUUAAGAUGAUUUUUUAAGAUGCAAAUAUAGUUUUAUUUCAGUGGGAAAAACAUCUUUGCCUUCUUAGAUCUUACAUCCCAACAUCUCAGACUUCACAAUAAUUUUGACUGAUUUAGUAUGUGAAUUUCUUUUACACACAGCUUCGUCCAUAUAUAAUUGCCGCCCCUUGGCAUGUGUAAAUAUGUAAUUAUUAAAUAAAUAAAUGAUUUUUGCUCGGGCCCAAUAAAGACGAUUCACACACAAAAGCAGCUGAAUGGACGAUGGGCUAUUGGCCGCAGUUUUAUUUCGGCUGUACCCAUACAGACACUCGCUCACGCACAAAACAAAUGCCAAUGAUUCCACCACGGCUCAUCUCUUUACCCCAAAAUGAUUCAUUCAUGGGCGGCCACCACUCUCAGUCUCUCUCGCAUCCGCCGGUUUGAGCAACCACCAGCAGCCAGCAUUUGGCAGUAGCAACAGCACCACCACCCACAGCCCACCACAAGUGCUCAAUGCAGCGAAAUGCAUGACGCAGAUGGCAACAAAGAUGUCUCUACAUAUGUAGAUAGAGAUACAAUAUCUAUCUCUACCUCCCCCCAUGCAGCUAGACCGGCAUCUCUCUGAGCUGAUGAUGGUGAUGCGCCUAUUUCUGGUGCUUUUCAGUCGCAGCAAUGCACUGUGGCUGUCUUCUCUCACCUCUCAACAACAUCACCGGAAGAAUGUCCACUCACACGUCACGGGUGGAACAGGUGAGCGCGCGCGGGCAAGGGCAGAGAGAAGAGAGAGCAGCCGGCCCAUGUGGCCCAUGCGGCACUCGUGUGGAAACAUUAGCACAUGCCGGGAAAACGAGACCCGAGAGGGUCUCAGCGUAGAUGCGAUGACCGUCUUCCAAAUCCAGAGCCAAUCCGAAGCCAGAGCCGCCCGAGUCAAGCGGCCAAGCGAAUCGACUAUCUAGCAACCGUUCUAACAGUCUCUCUAAUCGCGUCGUAAACCUGUUCAGGUUGUUCUACCAAACGAUGUCAUGUACCUAAGAAACGCUCCAAGGGCGGGCUAUAGUGGUUACUCAUAUGCGGUACAGUAUUGAAUCGGUCAAGCCAUUAUCUGAAUUAUAAAAAAUAUAAACAAUGAGCCUGAACAAAAUAAGCAUUUUCCGCAAAUUUUUGGAUGAAUUGCGGACCUCUUCCAAAUUCCAUUCCGUUCGAUAAAAUUUUGCGAAAUCGUGGGAAUUCAAGCUCUUGGGAAUAAUAUAACAUAAUUUUUCCAGUGGUAUUUAUAAACAUUAUAUUAUAUUUUAUAGACCUUUCAUAUAUUUUUUCACCUUUUUAAUAUUAUUGAUUUCUAAAAACUAUGACAAAUAUUACUUGGGAAACGGAAUCAAAGGAUUUUAAUCAUUUUAUGAUUAUUAAUGUGGCAAAACAUGCCCAGAAAAUAUGUGUAUUUAUAAGUUUAACUUAUAAUGCCUUGUCAAAGAAUUAAAAAAAAAAAACACAUAGAUUGAAAUGUACUGAUAUAUGUAUAACUCCCCAAACGAUCCCAAUAAAUUACCGCCCAUAAAAA